UUGAUCCUCUCUCUCUGCCAUACUAAUGGAUUCUCCUAGUUUAUAUCCUGCAAUAGGCUUCUUGACGCUUUUGGUUACAACGUUUCUUAUGGCUUAUAGAAGAUACAAACUCCAUCAAAAUAAAGAUUUAAUAGCUUCUUCCUUGUCUCCUUCCCCACGUUCAUCUUCUUUGUCUCCUUCCUCUCUUCCAUCUUCUGUGUCUCGAAACUGGAGACACCAAGUCUUUCCUAGCUUCCGUGGUGAAGAUGUCCGCAGAGGCUUUCUCAGCCACAUUCAAAAAGAAAUCGAAAGAAAGGGAAUCACCCUAUUCAUUGAUAACGAUAUCGACAGGAGUAAGUCCAUUGGUCCUGAGCUCAUAGAAGCUAUAAGAAGAUCAAAGAUAUCAGUUGUCCUUAUCUCCAAAAACUACGCUUCUUCAACAUGGUGUUUGAAUGAGUUGGUGGAGAUCAUCAAGUGCAGGAAAGAGCUGGAUCAAAUAGUGAUGAUCAUAUUCUAUGAAGUGGAUCCAUCUGAUGUAAAGAAGCAGUCUGGAGAAUUUGGAAAUGUCUUCGAGAAAACUUGUGUGGGGAAAACAGUGGAGGACGUUGCAAGAUGGAGAGAAGCUCUAGAGGAAGUGGCCAAGAUCGCUGGCUACGACUCAAGGAGCUGGAACAAUGAAGCGGACAUGAUCGAGAAAGUUGCUAAAGAUGUUUCAAACAUGUUAAAUGUUGCUGCACCCUCAAGUGGUUUAGAUGAAUUAGUUGGCAUUGAGUCUCACAUCACGGAGAUAAGUUCAGUUUUGUCCUUAGCCUCAGAUGAAGUGAGGAUGGUUGGAAUCUGGGGUCCUGCAGGGAUCGGAAAAACCACCAUUGCCAGAACUUUGUUCAGCAUAAUCUCUCAUGACUUUACACACACUGCUUUUGUGGAGAGUACAAAGAGAGGGUACAAUGAUGAUACUGCGUUCAAGUUGCAUUUACAAGAACAGCUUCUGUCUAAGACCUUAGAUCAUAAGGAUCUGAAGAUAGAUCACUUGGGUGUGGCUGAAGCACGGCUGAAAGACAAGAAAGUACUUGUAGUUCUUGAUGAUGUUGAAGAAGCAAUGCAGCUACAGGCCAUGGCUUGUAAAACUCAGUGGUUUGGCUGCGGAAGCAGGAUUAUCAUUACAACAAAGGAUAUCAAAGUUCUAAAGGCACAUGGGAUCAACCAUGUUUACCAUGUUGGUUAUCCACGUUGGUCUGAAGCUCUUGAGAUCCUUUGUCUGUCUGCUUUUGGUCAGAAGUCUCCCUAUGCUGGUUUCGAGGAGCUCACCAUGGAAGUUGUAAGCCUUGCAGGUAAGCUUCCUUUAGGUCUAAGUGUGUUUGGUUCAUAUAUGCGAGGAAUGUCCAAAGAUGAGUGGACACAUGCACUUCCUAGACUAAGGACAAGCUUGGAUGGAAACAUUGAGAAAGUAUUAAGGCUCAGCUAUGAUGCUUUAUGCGAUAAAGAUAAAACUCUGUUUCUUCAUAUAGCAUGUUUUUUCAAACAUGAGAAAGCUAAAGACAUGUUAGAGUGUCUUGAGGAGAGUGACUUGGACGUCAAGCAUGGGCUUCAGGUCUUAACUGAGAGAUCUCUCGUAUCUAUCAACAGAGUAGAUUACUUGCUGAUGCAUAGUUUAUUACAACAAAUGGGUAAAGAAAUCAUCGGCAAAGAAGACAUAAAUGAGCCUAAGAGACGUAGAUUCUUGAUGGAUGCUCAUGGUAUCUGUGACGUGCUCUCAGACACUACAGUCUCUGGAGCUGUUCUAGGCAUAGAUCUUGACAUAAAUGCAGUCAAGGAAGAGCUAAGCCUUGACGAGAGAGCCUUUGAAGGAAUGUCUCGUCUUCAGUUCUUAAGAGUCUACAAUGACAACAAACUGAUCUUACCAAGGGGUCUGAACAACCUGCCUCGUAAGCUUAGAUUAUUACAUUGGUACAGGUUUCCCAUGAGUUUUUUGCCUUGUGAGUUCCGUGCCGAGUUUCUUGUAAACCUUAAGAUGCAACACAGCCACCUUGAGAAGCUGUGGGAAGGAACUCCAGCUCCGCUCAGGUGCCUGAAGAGGAUGGAUCUGUCUUACUCCUAUCACUUGAGAAAGGUCCCUGAUCUAUCAAAUGCCACUAAUCUUGAGGCAUUGAUACUCACUGGUUGCAGAAAUCUGGAGGAGCUUCCCUCCUCUGUUAAUAACCUCGAGAGUUUAGUUGAGUUGAGAUUAAAAGGAUGUCCAACGCCGAAAGAUCUUUCUGCCAAGAUCAGCUUGUGGAAGUCUCCUUCUCAAAUCCAGGUCUUUGAGUGCUCAGGGUUGAGAGUUCUUCGUGAUGUGGACACAACAGGUGUAACAUUGUCUCUGUACUGUGAUACAAAGAUUAAAAAAAUGCCUUCAUGGAUCAAGCUUUUGUCACAUCUUCAUACAAUAGCAUUGACGAAGUGUCAUAGCCUCAAGGUGUUCCCUAGAGUUCCUAAUAGCAUUCAGGCGCUGGACUUAAGCGAGACAGGAAUACAAGAAGUUCCUGCAUGGAUCAAGAAUCUCUCACGUCUUACAAGUCUAAGUAUGGUGGGAUGCAAGAAGCUGAAGAUCAUUCCUACAAACAUCAACAUGAGAUCUCUGUCUUCUCUUGAUCUCAGUCACUGCACACGAUUGAAAACGUUUCCAGAGAUUUCUACAAGACUUGAGCGUCUCAAUCUGGAGAACACCGGUAUCGAAAAAGUUCCUUUAUCAAUAAAUUAUUGGCUCUAUCUUGUUGAUUUGAGCAUGAGAGGUUGCAAAAGCUUGAAGGUGUUCUCAAACGUUCCUGAUGACAGCAUGGAAGUGUUGGACUUGUGUGGUGAAGAAGAAGAAGAAGACCGGUCUCUUCAUCUUGACCUUAAUGGGUGCAAGAACCUUGUCUCACUCCACCAACUUCCAGGUUCCCUCAUAUACCUAGAUGCAUGUAACUGUGAGUUGCUGGAGACAGUAGAUGGUUUCUUUUACAAUCCACAAGUCAAUGUCCAUUUUGACAACUGCUUGAAACUGAAUGAAGAAGCGAGAGAACUCAUACAGACAUCAGCUUCAAGUCUUGCUGUCUUGCCCGGUGGAGAACUACCUUCAUACUUCCACCAUCAAUGUACUGGAAGUUUUCUAACAAUCCCUUUCAUCAAAGAUAGGGACAUUCCUGAUAACUUGCGGUUCAAGGCUUGUGUUUUGCUGAGCUCUUUCUCUGGCACACCAAGGACGUUUGGUGUAUCUUGGUGCAUUUUUUACACACGCAAGGCUGAUCCAGUAGGUCAUGGUUUGUGCUUUUUUGCAAAGGAGAAACUUGUGAGAGAUCAUUUGUUUACAUUCGAGGGUUCUUUCUCUUUGGAAAAAGACAAGGAUCAUGGAGAAGUGGUGGAGUUUUGGUUGGUUUUUCAAAUUGUAAAUGAGCAGAGACUGAAGGGGUCUUGGAAAUGGGAAAGCGUGGAAUCUGAUUCUCAGAAGUUGAGGAUAAUGGGAUGCGGUGUGAGAUUCUUGGACGUUCUUGGAGAUAUGGGUGGUUCAAGCUAUCAAGUAGAAGAAAAAACUAGAAAAGUAAAGAAAGCAAAUCCUUUUGAGAAGAAUAAAAAAAGAAAGAGAAAGAAGAAAGUGAAUCCAGUUCCCUUUAAGGACAAUGAAAAAGGUUCUGAAGAUCUUUCAGAUACAGAUUCAGGGUCAGGAUACAACAACAGCUUACUAUCCAUUGUCCCCCGACUUCCUCUUAUAGUACAUUAUAACUGACAUGUAUAGUAAAAUGUAUAUGUUAAGGCCAAACAAAAGCAACAAGAGAAUAUGUUCACUGCUUUAAAACAGAGGAACCUUGCUGUUAAAA